AUGGAGCACGAUCACUCCGCCUCCGACAUUGAAAAGGAGGCCGUCACUGUGGCCCGGCCACAGGGCGAUGUCACCCGCGUUGAGGCUCCCGUUACCCUCAAGGCGUACAUGAUGUGCGUCUUUGCCGCUUUCGGCGGUAUCUUCUUCGGCUACGACUCAGGUUACAUCUCUGGUGUCAUGGGCAUGAAGUACUUUAUCGAAACUAUCAACGGACCCGGCGCCACCUUCCUGCCUUCCAAGGAAAAGUCGCUCAUCACCUCCAUUCUCUCUGCCGGUACCUUCUUUGGCGCCCUCAUGGGCGGUGAUCUCGCUGACUGGGUUGGUCGUCGUCCUACCAUCAUCUUCGGCUGCCUCGUCUUCAUCGUCGGUGUUGUUCUCCAGACUGCCUCCCAGAGCUUGGGUCUCAUCGUUGCCGGCCGUCUCGUCGCUGGUUUCGGUGUCGGUUUCGUCUCGGCCAUUAUCAUCCUGUACAUGUCUGAGAUCGCGCCCCGCAAGGUCCGCGGUGCCAUGGUGUCCGGCUACCAGUUCUGCAUCUGCCUGGGUCUGCUCGUGGCCUCGUGCGUUGACUACGGCACCCAGAACCGCCCCGACAGCGGCUCUUACAGAAUCCCGAUUGGUCUCCAGAUGGCCUGGGCCCUCAUUCUUGCUACUGGUAUCUUCUUCCUUCCUGAAUCCCCUCGCUUCUUUGUUAAGAAGGGCAAGCUCGACAAGGCCGCCGGCGUGCUCUCCCGUCUGCGCGACCAGCCGCUCGAUUCCGACUACGUUAGGGAUGAACUUGCCGAGAUCGUUGCCAACCACGAAUUUGAAAUGACCGUCGUCCCCUACGGCAACUACUUCCAGCAGUGGGCCAACUGCUUCCGCGGCUCCAUCUGGCAGGGCGGUUCUUACCUCCGCCGCACCAUUCUCGGCACUUCGAUGCAGAUGAUGCAGCAGUGGACGGGAAUCAACUUUAUCUUUUACUUUGGCACCACCUUCUUCCAGCAGCUCGGCACCAUUGACGACCCCUUCCUGAUGUCUCUGGUCACUACUCUUGUCAACGUCUGCUCUACCCCCAUCUCCUUCUACACCAUGGAGAAGCUCGGCCGUCGUACCCUCCUCAUCUGGGGCGCUCUCGGCAUGCUGAUCUGCGAGUUCAUCGUCGCCAUCGUUGGUACCUGCAAGCCGGAUGAUACCAUGGCCAUCAAGGCCAUGCUCGCCUUCAUCUGCAUCUACAUCUUCUUCUUUGCUACCACCUGGGGCCCUGCUUCUUGGGUCGUCAUCGGCGAGGUUUUCCCUCUUCCCAUUCGUGCCAAGGGUGUUGCCCUUUCCACCGCCUCCAACUGGCUCUGGAACUGCAUCAUCGCCGUCAUCACUCCCUACAUGGUCGACGAGGACAAGGGCAACCUGGGCCCCAAGGUGUUCUACAUCUGGGGUGGCCUCUGCACCUGCUGCUUCAUCUACGCCUACCUGCUUGUGCCCGAGACCAAGGGCCUCACCCUCGAGCAGGUCGACCAAAUGCUUUCCGAGUCUACCCCCCGCACCUCGGCCAAGUGGAAGCCUCACACCACUUAUGCUGCUGAGAUGGGCAUGACCGAGAAGACUGUUGCUGGCCACGCUGAGAACCGCAGCGAUAGCGAGUAA